AUGGUGGAAAUAAAAGAUCCAGAGGGUGUUCUGUCGAGAAUGCGCUCCAGGGUCCAGGAGCAAGGUAAUGUUGUUCGGGCUCUUAAAGAUAGAAAUGCCUCAGAGGCUGAACUGCAGGCUGCUGUCGCGGAGCUGAAAGCCCGUAAAAAGCUCUUGGAAGAAAAGGAGUUGGAGUUGAUGCCACCAAUAGCUUCAUUCGAUCGAGGGAAAUUAGAGGAUCUACUAAAGCAGAAGUUCUUCUAUGAUCAGGCCUUUUCCAUAUACGGCGGUGUUCAGGGAUUGUAUGAUUAUGGUCCUAUGGGCUGUGCGAUGAAGGCCAAUCUGUUGGCUGCAUGGCGGCAGCACUUUGUUUUGGAGGACCAGCUCCUGGAAGUAGACUGUUCGAUGCUCACACCGGCCCCUGUUCUUCAGGCCUCUGGUCACGUUGAUCGAUUUACGGACUUCAUGGUGAAAGAUUUACAAACAGGCGAGUGUUUCCGCGCAGAUCAUUUGGUCAAGGCCAAUCUCGAAGCGAAGCUCAAACACAAAAAAACAUCAGAACAAGAAAAAGAAGAGAUACAAAGACUACUGCUGCAGCUGGACAACUUUGGCGGUGCUGAAUUGAAUUCGUUAAUACGCAAGUAUGACAUGCGAUCUCCAGCAACAAACAAUGAACUGUCCGAGCCUCAGCAGUUCAACUUGAUGUUUGCCACCAUGAUUGGUCCGACGGGUCAAUGUCAGGGCUACCUACGCCCGGAGACCGCACAAGGAAUAUUCGUCAAUUUCCAACGUUUGCUUCAGUUCAACCAAGGUCGCAUCCCGUUUGGAGCCGCCCAAAUUGGUUCUGCAUUCCGUAAUGAAAUUAGUCCCCGUUCGGGUCUUAUUCGGGUGCGUGAAUUCGCCAUGGCCGAAAUCGAAUACUUCGUCGAUCCAACCGAUAAACAACAUCCCAAGUUUGAUCGCAUCAGGGAUGUGGUGAUGACGAUCUACUCCGCCUGUUCUCAGAUGGAUGGGCUGCCAGCAAAGCAAAUGACCAUAGGGGAAGCUGUUGCUCAGGGCAUCGUUGCCAAUCAGACUUUGGGUUACUUUAUGGCUCGAAUCCAUAUGUUCCUUGUGCUGAUUGGUGUGGACCCGAAUCGACUACGGUUCCGACAACAUUUGUCCAACGAAAUGGCUCACUACGCGUGUGAUUGUUGGGAUGCAGAGUGUCAGACAAGUUAUGGGUGGAUCGAAUGCGUCGGAUGUGCAGACCGUAGUUGCUACGACCUUACGCAGCACGCCAAAGCGACUGGCACUCGGUUGGUGGCAGAGAAACGGCUUCCAGAACCGUAUCUCGCUGUCCGACCGAUUCUGGCGCCAUACAAAUGUUCCUUGCUCCCUUUGUCAAGUCAUCCGGACUUUGCUCCGUUUAUCCAACAGCUGUCAAGUUCUCUGACACGCCUUGGUGUGACUCAUCGGAUAGAUGAUAGUAGUGGUUCGAUUGGACGACGUUAUGCCCGAACGGACCAGAUUGCAAUCCCGUACGGUAUCACGAUAGAUUUUGACACCAUCAAUAAAUCUCCCGCAUCAGCCACCUUGCGGGAGCGUGACAGCAUGAAGCAGAUCCGUGUUCCCCUCUCUGAGCUGCCCUCGCUAGUGAACGACCUUUCCAACGGUGUCCUCGUAUGGUCCGAAGCGCAAUCAAAGUACCCGAUAUUCGAACAACAAGAAACCGUAGCGCGCGAAGAUGAGUCCCGAGUAGACAACUCCACAGCUAUCAAUUUAUCCCUAGAGAAUAUACAGCCCAUGAAAAAGAAGACAAACAAAAAACACAAGGGUCCUAAUUCUAGCACUACCAUGGCAACCAAAGGUGAGCCAGCGAGUACAACAGGAGAGUCCGCUGUAGAGGAUUGGCAAAGCGUAUCAGAAGAUUUCGACGAGUUCAAGGAAAAACCGGCUCCAGAACCAGAUCACGAUGCUGAUGCCUGGUCCAGCGCCACAGAGACUGCAGAGGCCGAUGCCGAACUUACGUCGACUGGCACCGUUCCCUGUCUUGAUCGUGCAAAACCGCACGAUUUAUUGUUGAACAGGAAAAAUAAAACUGUUUCGGCUAGAAAUGGCUCAUCAAGAGCCUACUCCACUGCUGUAAGUGGGGCAGAGUUGUCUAACACCGCAGCUUCAGCAAAAAAACCGAGUCUUAGUUGGACAGAUUGGGGCAAGGCUAUUCGACGACGUUAUCAAGAGGAGGAACUCCGUGAGAAACUGCAUGAUACAAAACCCCUUCGAACCAGUGUUUCUUCGGAUGUUGAUGAACCGCUGAGUCCAUUUUCCGGUUAUGAGGCUGACCAAGAGGAUAAUGCUGCCAGCAAAUCCGCCGCCGGUCACUUUUCACCAGUAUCAAAAGAACAUGACACAUUUUACGAAUUGUCCCCUGCCAUUCAGAGUUUUAAUGAGGAAGUAACCAAAGAGAAAACGUACGGCACUUUCCACACAAACACUCUUACUGAUAUGGAUACUGACUUCCCACCUUUAGCUGCCGGAACACAACCAUAUCAUGGUUUGUUUGUCGGGGAAGGUUGGCCUGGUGAGAAGAAGCCUAAUGAGGACAAACAAAGUCAUUCAGUCGUCAAGCCAGAACCGAAGAAGUCGCAAAAUACUGGAAAGGAACCAAAGAAACAUGUUGGUACUGGUUCGAAACCAGUAAUCCUAGCAGAACACUCGACGCCCACAGUUUCAAACAAGCCUGUUGACAACGGGGAAUGGCCUACAGUAAUGGCACACGUUUUUGAAGACAAUAACGAGCCCGAAAUGUGGCUUCAGUGUAUGGAAAACCCCGUUCCAGUCCCGGAACCAGCAAAGGAUGGUGGGGUGCGAAGCGAAGAUCCGAAACCCCAAGACAUACAAGUGUCAAAGGGACCAGCUUCUUCAAAAAGGGCUCCUUGUGAGAUAUCAAAUUCAACCAUUGAAUGGGGUAUGAACCAGUUCCAUGGAUUGUUCAGGGGCCCUGGUUGGCCGGCCAAUGAAACGGGUCCUGCUAAAGAAAAAGAUCUAACUAAAGGAAAACCUGCCACCAAAAAUCAACGGCGGCGUCAGAAGUCUGGGACACAGUCGGAUUCCUUAGAUGCUAGUGAAAGCACUCAAACAGCCACAAAUGCUGUUCAGGCCGCGGAAAAAACGGCCGGUUCUGUACACAAACCGGUGUUAGAUGAUUGGAAGUCAGUUGUUGCUCAGAUUUAUGAAAAGACGAUUACACCGAUGGCUGAACUCAACUCAUUCAUCGUUUCGCCUUUCAGCGGGACAACAGCAACAGAUCAGCAAGUCAAAUCUACUGUUUAUGAAGAUAACAAUCAGACAUUUGCUCCACCCUCAGCUCCUUGGAACUCCUGUCUGGACAAUACAGAUGAUGUAUGCUUUACAUCCGAUAUUUGGAAACCUGCAGAGGACCAAUUUUCCAAGGUGGAAUACGACUUACAGAGAGAAGGAACUAAUUAUUCAACAACCUCUGAAGGUGGCCCGAUUCCAGAAACGAUUUGUAAUGUAGGUGAUCUACGUGGAGGGGAUGCAGAGCCUGACAACUUGCCCGGCGAACUCUCAAUUGAUAAUCACAGUCCGAUGCAGGAGGACAAGCCUGCGAAUAAGCAGGAGGUCGAAUUAUCAGCCCCUGUUGUAGAGCCCGCUACUGAAAUAGUACACGUUGAACCUAGCCCAUUCAGUCCCAUUCAGUCGCACGAGCAACCGAAGGUCUCAGAGUCAGAAUCAGCGCAUGGAGACCAUGGAGGCGCUCCGGAGGUUGCUGCAGCUUCAGCCAGUGCCCAGAACAAGCCCAAGAAGAACAAAAUGGGAUCAUCCAUCGAAGCUCCGUCCAGUUGUUCCAAGACGUUAAAAAAAGAGCUGAAUGGAAACCUGUGGCGAGGAAUUUGA